CUGUUACUGGACCAGGUGUCAUGGUCAGACAUCCUCAUCAUCCUCACCCUCACUCUCAUCCUCAUUCUCAUCCUCAUCAGUGGCUCUACCUGCCAGGAGAUCGUCAUCUCUUUGGACUUCAUCCUUCAUCCAGAGCCAGACAUCAACCCGACUCUCCUCGACCCACCGCAAUCCAACCCAGCAUCCAGCGACUCCAGCCAGGAGCUCCACAUCGACUCUGACAUUUCUAACAUGGCGGACCCCGCAGCGGACGACAACAAGUUCCUGUUCCUGCAGAAUGACUUUCGCAACAGCGGCCUGGCGCAGGCCGACUGGGCGGCCAAGAAGAUGGUGUGGGUGCCGUCAGAGAGGGAGGGCUUUGAGGCGGCCAGCAUCAAGGAGGAGAAGGGCGAUGAGGUUCUGGUGGAGCUGUCAAACGGUCGUAAGGCCACAGUGAACAAGGAGGACAUCCAGAAGAUGAAUCCGCCCAAGUUCAGCAAGGUGGAAGACAUGGCCGCGCUCACCUUCCUCAACGAGGCCUCCGUCCUUCAAAACCUGCGGGAGAGAUACUUCUCCAGCCUCAUCUAUACGUACUCUGGUCUCUUCUGCGUGGUGGUGAACCCCUACAAGAUGCUGCCCAUCUACUCGGAGAAGAUCAUCGAGAUGUACAAGGGCAAGAAGCGUCACGAGGUGCCGCCGCACAUCUACUCCAUCACCGACAACGCCUACAGGAACAUGAUGCAAGACCGUGAGGAUCAGUCCAUUCUCUGCACAGGAGAGUCUGGAGCGGGGAAAACGGAAAACACCAAGAAGGUGAUCCAGUACCUGGCCCUCGUCGCCUCCUCGCACAAAGGAAAAAAGGAAGCAAAUCCUCCACCGCAGCAACAACAACAGCAACAACAAGCGGGAUCGCUGGCUUACGGGGAGCUGGAGAAGCAGCUGCUGCAGGCGAACCCCAUCCUGGAGGCCUUCGGCAACGCCAAGACCAUCAAGAACGACAACUCGUCACGAUUUGGCAAGUUCAUCAAGCUCAACUUUGACGUGACCGGCUACCUUGUCGGGGCAAACAUUGACACCUACCUUUUGGAGAAGUCUCGCUGUAUCCGUCAGGCCAACACAGAGAGAGCCUUCCACAUCUUCUAUUACAUGGUGGCAGGAGCCAAGGACAAGAUCAGAGAGGAGCUGCUGCUGGAGGACUUCAGCAGCUACCGUUUCCUGGUGGCGGGACACGUGGAGGUUCCUGGUCUGCAGGACGAUGAGCUGUUUGAUGAGACCCUGGAGGCCAUGGAGAUCAUGGGCUUCACAGAGGAGGAGAGAAUAGGGAUGUUAAAGGUGGUGUCCACCGUUCUCCAGCUGGGUAACAUCAAGUUUGAGAAGGAGAGGAACAACGAGCAGGCUACCAUGCCGGACAACACGGCCGCCCAGAAGGUUUGUCACCUUCAAGGCAUCAAUGUGACCGACUUCACGCGCGCCUUCCUGACCCCCAGAAUCAAAGUGGGCCGUGAGGUGGUGCAGAAGGCUCAGACCAAGCAGCAGGCGGACUUUGCGGUGGAGGCGCUGGCUAAGGCCAUGUAUGAGCGUCUGUUCCGCUGGAUCCUGGCCAGGGUCAACAAGACUCUGGACAAGAGCAAGAGGCAAUCUUCUUCAUUCCUCGGAAUCUUGGACAUCGCUGGCUUUGAGAUUUUCGAGGACAACUCGUUUGAGCAGCUGUGCAUCAAUUACACCAACGAGCGCUUGCAGCAGCUCUUCAACCACACCAUGUUCAUCCUGGAGCAGGAGGAGUACAAGCGCGAGGGCAUCGAGUGGAACUUCAUCGACUUCGGCUUGGACCUGCAGCCCUGCAUUGAGCUCAUCGAGAGGCCGAACAACCCCCCAGGCAUCUUGGCCCUGCUGGACGAGGAGUGCUGGUUCCCCAAAGCGACGGAUGUCUCCUUUGUGGACAAGUUGCUGAACACCCACACGGGUCACGUCAAAUUCUCCAAACCCAAACAGCACAAAGAUAAGCUGAUGUUCACUGUUCUGCACUACGCUGGUAAGGUGGACUACAACGCAGCCAGCUGGCUGACAAAGAACAUGGACCCUCUGAAUGACAACGUAACGGCUCUGCUCAGCAACUCAUCCAGCAACUUCAUCCAGGACCUCUGGAAGGACGCGGAUCGAGUGGUCGGCCUGGAGACCAUGGCCAAGAUGUCUGACAGCUCUAUGCCCACCUCCACCAAAUCCAAAAAGGGGAUGUUCCGCACGGUGGGCCAGCUGUACAAGGAGUCUCUGGGCAAGCUGAUGACCACGCUGCACAACACGCAGCCUAACUUUGUGCGCUGCAUCAUCCCCAACCACGAGAAGAGGGCGGGCAAGAUGGACGCCAACCUGGUGCUGGAGCAGCUCAGGUGCAACGGCGUGCUGGAGGGCAUCCGAAUCUGCAGACAGGGAUUCCCAAACCGCAUUGUGUUCCAGGAGUUCAGGCAGAGGUACGAGAUCCUGGCUGCCAACGCUAUCCCAAAAGGCUUCAUGGAUGGGAAGCAGGCGUGCUGCUUGAUGGUGAAGCACCUGGAUCUGGACCCCAACCUGUAUCGCAUUGGCCAGAGUAAAAUGUUCUUCAGGACAGGGGUGCUGGCUCAGCUGGAGGAGGAGCGAGACAUCAAGCUCACUGUCAUCAUCAUCUCCUUCCAGGCUCAAGCGAGGGGCUUCCUGGCCCGCAAGGCUUUCAGUAAACGUCAGCAGCAGCUGAGCGCCAUGAAGGUCAUCCAGAGGAACUGUGCCUGUUACCUCAAACUGAAGAACUGGCAAUGGUGGAGGCUUUUCACCAAGGUGAAGCCCCUGCUUCAGGUGACCAGACAGGAGGAGGAAAUGGGCCAGAAGGAGGAGGAACUCAAGGCAGCCAAAGAAGUAGCGGCCAAGAAGGAGGCUGAACUGAAGGACAUCACACAGAAACACACACAGCUGAUGGAGGAACGAGCCCAGCUAGAGUCCAAACUGCACGCAGAGACGGAGCUGUACGCCGAGGCCGAGGAGAUGAGGGUGCGCCUGGAGGCCAAGAAGCAGGAGCUGGAGGAGGUUCUGCACGAGAUGGAGGCCAGGCUGGAGGAGGAGGAGGAGCGCAGCAACUCCCUGCAGCAGGAGAGGAAGGACAUGGAGCAGCAGCUGCAGAGUAUGGAGGCCCACUUAGUGGAAGAAGAAGAUGCUCGUCAGAAGCUGCAGCUGGAGAAGGUGGCCGUGGAGGGAAAGGUGAAGAAGUUGGAGGAGGAUGUUCUCCUGAUGGAGGACCAGAACAACAAACUGCAGAAGGAGCGAAAGCUUCUGGAGGAGAGGAUGGCGGAUUUAAACUCCAACCUGGCCGAGGAGGAGGAGAAGUCCAAGAACCUGACCAAACUGAAGAGCAAGCAUGAAUCCAUGAUCUCCGACUUGGAGGUACGUUUCAAGAAGGAAGAGAAGGGUCGUCUGGACAUGGAGAAGGCCAAGAGGAAGGUGGAGGCCGAGGUGGCUGAGCUCCAUGAGCAGCUGGCUGACCUGCAGGCCCAACUAGCCGAGCUCCGAGCUCAGCUGGCUGCCAAGGAAGAGGAGCUGCAAGCCACGCAGGCCCGUUUGGACGAGGAGAGUAACCAACGCGGGGCGGCUGUGAAGAAGGUUCGGGAGCUGGAGGCCCUCCUCUCUGAGGUGCAGGAGGACCUGGAGGCAGAGAGAGCAGCCCGGGCGAAGGUGGAGGCGGCUCGUCGGGACCUGGGGGAGGAGCUUAACGCGCUGCGGUCUGAGCUGGAGGACAGCCUGGACACCACUGCUGCACAGCAGGAGCUUCGGGCCAAGCGCGAGCAGGAGGUGGCCAUGCUGAAGAAAGCCAUGGAGGAGGAGGGGCGGAGUCAUGAAGCCCAAAUCCAAGACCUGAGGCAGAAACACAGUCAGGCUGUGGAGGAGCUCUCUGAGCAGCUGGAGCAGGCCAAGAGGGUGAGAGCAAGUCUGGAGAAAGCCAAGCAGGCUCUGGAGAAGGAGUCUGCAGACCUCAGCGCUGACCUUCGGUCCCUCGCCAGCGCCAAGCAGGAUGUGGAGCACAAGAAGAAGAAGGUGGAAGGUCAGCUCAAUGACCUCAACUCACGCUUUAACGAGAGCGAGCGGCAGAGGACUGAGCUGGGGGAGCGAGUCUCCAAGAUGACUAUGGAACUCGACAACCUUAGCAGUCUUCUGAAUGAAGCGGAGGGGAAGAACAUCAAGCUUAGUAAAGAUGUUUCUGGUUUGUCCUCGCAGCUGCAGGACACACAGGAGCUGCUGUCAGAGGAGACGCGUCAGAAGCUGAACGUGGCGGGACGUCUGCGUCAGAUAGAGGAGGACAAGAUCAGUCUGGUGGAGCAGCUGGAGGAGGAGAGCGAAGCCAAGCGAGCCUUAGAGAGGCAGGUGUCCAGCCUCAACGUGCAGCUGUCAGAUUGCAAGAAGAAGCUGGACGAGACGCUGGGCUCUGUGGAGAUGCUGGAGGAGGGAAAGAAGCGUCUGCAGCGCGACUUGGAGGGAGCCAACAACGAGUACGAGGAGAAGGCCUCGGCCUACGACAAGCUGGAGAAGAGCCGUGGGCGACUGCAGCAGGAGCUGGAGGACGUCCUCAUGGACCUUGACAGCCAGCGGCAGCUUGUCUCCAACCUGGAGAAGAAGCAGAAGAAGUUUGAUCAGAUGCUAGCGGAGGAGCGAGCUGUGUCCAGUAAGUUUGCAGAGGAGCGGGAUCGAGCUGAGGCCGAGGCAAGGGAAAAGGAGACCAAGGUGUUGGCUCUGUCAAGAGCACUAGAUGAGAACCGUGAGGCUCUGGAGGAGGCGGAGAAGACCAUGAAAGGCUUCCGAGCUGAGAUGGAGGACCUCGUCAGCUCCAAAGACGAUGUGGGAAGAAGUGUCCACGACCUGGAGAAGGCAAAGCGUGCCCUGGAGGGCGUCAUGGAGGAGAUGAAGGCCCACAUGGAGGAGCUGGAGGAUGAGCUGCAGGUGGCUGAGGAUGCCAAGCUACGUCUGGAAGUCAACAGUCAGGCCCUCAAAGCACAGCAUGAGAGGGAGCUGCAGGCCCGUGAGGAGAUGGGCGAGGAGAAGAGGAAGCAGCUCCUCAAGCAGGUGCGUGAGCUGGAGGCCGAGCUGGAGGAGGAGAAGAAGCAGCGAGGUCAGGCCUCCGGCGGCAAGAAGAAGCUGGAGGGCGAGCUGAAGGACAUGGAGGACCAGCUGGAGGCCACCAACAGGGGGCGUGAUGAGGCCAUCAAGCAGCUGCGCAAGAUCCAGGGUCAGGUGAAGGAUCUCCAACGGGAGCUGGAGGAUUCCCGCGCGGCCCAGAAGGACGUGCUGGCCUCAGCGAGAGAGGCUGAGCGGAAAUCCAAGGCCAUGGAGGCAGACAUUGUGCAGCUACAUGAGAUGCUGGCGGCAGCCGAGCGAGCUCGAAAGCAGACGGAGGCGGAGAGGGACGAACUGGCUGAGGAACUCGCCAGUAACUCCUCUGGAAAGACCGUGCUGUCUGAUGAGAAGCGUCGCCUGGAUGCAAAGAUCAGCCAGCUGGAGGAGGAGCUGGAGGAAGAGCAGACCAACAUGGAGAGCCUCAAUGAGCGUCUGAGGAAGAGCCAGCAGCUUGUAGAGCAGCUGGGGGCGGAGCUGACUGCGGAGAAGUCGGCUUCACAGAGCAAGGAGGCGUCCAGGCAGCAGCUGGAGAGGCAGAACCGCGAGCUGAAGGCCAAAGUGCAGGAGAUGGAGGGCCAGGGCCGCUCCAAGCUCAAGUCCUCCGUCACCACCAUGGAGAACAAGCUAAGGGAGGUGGAGGAGCAGCUGGAGGUGGAGAGCAGAGAGCGUCAGGCAGCCGCCAAGAAUCUCCGGCAGAAGGAGAAGAAGCUGAAGGACCUGAUGCUCCAGAUGGAGGAUGAAAGGAAGCAGGCGCAGCAGUACAAAGACCAGGCCGAGAAGAGCAACGUGCGCGUGAAGCAGCUGAAGCAUCAGCUGGAGGAGGCGGAGGAGGAGGCGCAGCGCGUGGUGGCGGCCCGCAGGAAGCUGCAGCGGGAGUUGGACGAGGCGGCCGAGGCCAACGACGCCCUCAGCAGGGAGGUGACUUCGCUGAAGGGCAAACUGAGGCGUGGCGGGGAGGCGGGCUUUAGCGGCACCAGUCCUCGUAGCAGCAGCAGUGGAGGUGGUGGAGGAGGAGGUGGUGGAGUGGCCAUAAGGAGCUUGGGGCUGAUGGGAGGGAACAUCAGCCGGAGGAGCACCAUUGUGGAGAACUCAGUGGAGAUCCCGGAGGAGGAGCCUCGCUCUCCGUCUCCCGCCGCCCGCAGCCCCCCACUGGAGGCUGGGGACGAGGUGAACGACUGCCCCCCUGACGAAUAGACAAAGAAGUCCUCACGCAUCCAAAUACAUAAUAACACAUAACAACACAACAUAUUUACAUAUUAAAUAGUCCUGGGCAAUUAUUACAAAUCUCAAUCGUAAUUAAUUACAUUAUUUUUGUGUGUGUGAUUAAUCUUCAGAGCAUGUGAAUGCAGCUCCCACUGUUCAUUAAUAUAAUGCACUGUAAAUGAUGGUCAGCGCUGUGUAUUGCAUUUCCAAAGUAAGUAAUACUUCAGAAUCCAAGUACUGAGGUGAUUCUGCUUUGCAGUGUCUACAGUAAACAUUACCAUAUAUAUUGUAUAGUGUUACGGCGCUUUAAUGCAGGUUUACUUUUAAAACUAAUCGUACAACAACAGCGCCCCACCUGGCUAAAGAGGCAUGUGAAACAAUGAACAAGAUCAGAAGCAGUGCAGGACGAAUCCUGUUAGUGUUUGCUAAUAGCCUCGUAUUGAAGGGCUACAAUAUCCCUACAUUAUAGGAUUUUUAACGUUAUUGAUUAUACAUCCUACAGAGAGUGACAUUAUCACACAAAUACGAUAAUUGUUUGUCUGGCAACUGUGUUUACGCACCAAUUCUUCUUCUUCCUGAAAAUACGGCAGACUAGGCGCAUUGCUGUCCCCUCUGGUAAGACUCAGUCAGUACUGUUUAUCGCCACUGUUGUUUGUAUGAGUCAAAUGGCAAUAACCAAUUUAAUGCACAAUAAAACUAUUUAACAUGAAAUAUAACAGUGUGUUAACUUGCCCAGCACUAGUUGUGAAAGAAAAUAUUAAAAACCACGGCACAUGUACGCAAACAAAAUAUAAAAGGAAUCGUAUAGGUUUUUUUUAGACAAACUAUUCGUGAAAAUAUAGCAUUAAUGCAACACAUCACCUACAUUUUACUGAUGUAACAAUCACUGUAUUUAGAGGAAUUAGUAAAAUGAAAGCUUAUGAACACAUUUUGACUUGUAUUGUAUAUUUGCAUAUAUUUAUUUUCCAGGUAGUUUUCACUGUUGGUUGUGGCUCAAAAAUAAUGCACUUUCCGUAACAAAUAUGUUGUGAUUUUUCUAAUUAGCCUUUAAUGGUUUGUCAAAUGAAAUUUAAAUUAAUGACAUUAAACCACAA